CACGAUGUUUUAAUUUUAACUUUGACGAUUCAUUCCGAAUCGUUUUUGUUACACUCAUUCUCUGUUAAAAUAAACGAAAACAACAGAUUAUUUAUCAACAAGACAUAAACCAAUUCAUAGAUUAUUAAGAAGUGCAGGUUACUUUGUUCGUUGCAGUGUUUCAUGUGCAGUAUAGUCGUUGGUCGUUUUCGAGAUGAGAGGCACGAUUGUUUUUUUGGCAUUACUUGCCCUCAGUACAGAAGCGAGCUUUUUUUCGAAAUUGCUUUCGAGGUUUAAUCUGAAUCCGCCGCAUUACAAAGAUGUUGCCCUGAUGGCAAGAUAUAUCAUUCAUAAUUCAGAUUGGCUCACUAUAGCAACAAUAUCAACACAAAAGUCUAUAGAAGGAUUUCCCUUUGUCUCUUUAAAGUCUCUUAGUGAUGGUCCGAUGGACAACUCGACGGGAAUUCCGUUUCUUUAUAUGACCGACAUGGAUGUUUCUGGACAAGACAUUUUGAAAAAUAACAACGUAACCAUUAUGGCGACACUGGCGGAGUCCGACUAUUGCACUAAUAAGAACUACGAUCCUCAAGAUCCGAGGUGUGCCAAGGUUAUCAUUUCCGGAAAAUUACUUAAGGUUUCUACGUCGAGUGCCGAGUACGAAUUUGGAAAGGAGUCCUUAUUUGAACGACAUCCAGCCAUGAAAGACUGGCCAACAGAUCACGAGUUUUACGUUGCCAAGGUGGACUUAAGGCAAAUCCUCGUAUUAGACUUCUUCGGCGGCAUAAAGACUGUAACGCCGAAUGACUAUUUCAACGCCAACGUAUCAAAUCUUAUCAAUUUAGACUCGUAUUUCCGAAGGAUAUCAGUUGUCCCGAUCGGGAACAAUUUGUAAUGCUUUAGGUGAUUGCCGAGCCGUGACUUUACUUAAAGAAUAUUGUGUUUUUUUUGUGUUAAUACAUUUUCUUCUAUGUUAUUUAUAUAUAAAUAUAUAUUAUGUUUUAAAUGUU